AUGGUCGUCGUCAACCCGGAGCCGGCGGCCCUCUCUGCCUCUGACUUGUCUCUGUUCUACACCACUGACGACCUGCUCUCCAACUCUCCAGUCCUGAUCUUCUAUGGGCCCACCGCUACGUCUACUCAGGCCACUCACUCGCGCAUCCAAGCCCACAUCUUCACCCCUGCCGGACUGCAGAACUUCGCCCGGCUCAUCAUAUCCCCAACGGCCCCUUUCUACAGCGCUGUUACCUGUCUCCCCCGCGAAGAGCAGGGCGAUGAAAUAUGCCGUGGUCUGGCCUUCAGCUUGUACAAAUACUUUGUCGAGCUACCGGCCGAAGUCAAGAAUGUCUGGGAAAUGCAGUACAACACUAUGGGCAGGCUGCAUGCUGCGCCCAAGCUCUUUUCUGAGUCUCAUGCGGCCAUGAUUGCAGCACGCAUGGUGAGACUCGAGAAUGUUGCAGACAUCAUCGUCGACAUACGCCACGCAUUGGGCGAGCAGACUCUCUCCUGGCUUGAUCUGGACGUCGUUCUCCCCCAAGGCGCUAUGCGAAAACUGGACGACCCUCGCGAAUCAGCUCAGUUUGAUGAGGUGGAAGACGACAUCCUCCAACAGCGAUUUGGCAUUUAUGCUUCCGUGGUGAAGUUGUUUGGCGAAGCAGCUUUCCUUCCGACCUCGAAGCUUCGACGAGCACCAUCGAAACCAACAUCUCUGAACCGGUCCCAGUCUUUCUCAAGAAACCAAAAGGAGAACCUGCGGCGAGAAAUGUGCGAGCUCCUUGACACCGAGGAGAACUAUGUGAGCAAAAUCUAUGACCUUAUUCACAGCGUUGCGGCCGACUUCCGCCAGAAAGCGAAGCUUAAGAGUGUCACCAGUGCAAGCCCGAGUGAGCAGGCACUCAGGGGUUUAUUUCCUCCGAGCCUGGAUAAAAUUCUAGAAGUCAACUCAAAUUUCUUGGAAGCCAUCCGCACAAUAUUGGAGGACACUGAGAACGACGCUAUUCAGGACAUCGAAACCGCGACGGACGAUAUCUUUGUCGCCCCUCUUCGUGGACAAAAAGACCCACUAGACGUCACUGGAGCUGCAGCAGUUGCCAAGGCUCUUGUUGAGUGGUUUCCACAAUUUGGAGAAUGCUAUACGGACUAUGUCGGAGCACAUGCCGAGUUUUCCCAGUUUCUCAAAGUUUUCAUGAAGGACACUGGCUCCAGCUUCUCAAAGAGAGUCCAUGAAACAGGAGAACAGCGGUUGAUGUCCAUGCUGAUUGAGCCCGUGCAACGACUUCCUCGGUACAAUCUCUACAUCGACAACAUUAUCAAGCAGCUUCCUGUACGGCAUCCGGCAAUAAAGACUUUCCUCAAAGCGAGAGACAUCAUCUCGGAGAUUUGCUCACGGGAUGCUCCAUCAGCGCAACAGAUCAAGGUGUUUGACCGCCUCCGCAAAUUGGUCUUCUCGUGGCCGCCUUCUUUCAAUCCACAAGGACGUCUCAUUACGGCCAUUGACUUUGUUGAGCUCUCGCCUCCCUACCAUGGCGAGCUUCAAGGACCGGCUUCAACUUCGGGCAUCUUCCUUCUUUUUACCGACUUCCUCGUUAUGUUGCACAAGCCUAAUGGGUGUACCAUCACUGCUCGUAGUGUCAUCGCGGACUUAGACAAUCCGAAGUUCGUUGAAACCUUUUCCGGAACUGCCGAGCUCAUCUUUCACCAACAGCUGAAACUUUCAGACGUAUUCCUCAGCGAACACUCAGAUGGAAGCAUUCUUCAACUCCUCUCUCCUACACCGCCGGCUAGUCAACCAGGGAGGCCACGGAGUCGAGAUCGACGGAAUCUUGGUCUCCGGAUGUUUUACCUACUGGGCGCAUAUGAAGCCAAAGCACAGAAGUGCAUAGAAGAGGUUACGAAAGCAAGGGUCGAAGGUCGUUAUCCAGAGGCGGAGCGAGAGAGCCAAACUUGGGAAGUCCGCAACUUGUCUGGGGAUCUCAGCUUCUUCUCUGCAAUAUCUGAAGAUGUUAGAGGACAAACUGUCGAGGGUCGUAAAGAGCCUGCCAAGAUCCAAAUCAUUGUUGAUCCUUCCAAGUUCCCAUGCCCAGUUGAAUUGGGUGACAAUGGGAUCGAAAUGACUGUAUCUAUCUCAGUCCUAGAAGAUGGCCUUUUCCUUCUUGAGACUACCGGUAUCAAUGGUUACGCAGCAAGGGAUAAGCUGACAAAUGUAGAGUUUCUGCCGGUUUUAACAAAGCGACUGGGGAAUUUCUUGCAGCUGCGCAAUAACAUCAAGAAUCCGAAUUUAGCAGAGGCUUAUCUUUUUAGAAACCAACAGAUUUUGAAGUCGUUGAAGCUACAAAUUGACGGGGUGGAUGAUGAUGUCCAGGACGGAAAGAGUCGCCCGCAUUCUCCUGUUAAGAUGCUUUCAAACCUCUUUGGUGGUAGUGUUGGAAAAGAUGGUGGAAACCGUAAGCUUCAGCGAAAUCCUCCAUCGUUGAGCGAUAUCCAACGCAUGGCGCCUCCGCUCCUGCCAGCCCCGACACGAACACACAGCCGAGAUGGCGAGUUAUCUCGACCGACCUCGUCCAGUAAGACCAUCGGAUUUAAUGCCAAUACUACGCCAACAGAUGGCCUGGUGAGAUUGGAGGAGACUCUUGCGACGCUGAUCUUGGCUUUGCAUGCUCGCAAGGGCAACAUUGUCGGGAGAUCUGUAAGAGCUAGAUCUAUCGCAGAUGAGCUCGCAGUCAAUGAAGUGUACAACUCACUGCUAGAGAACCCCGCAAACUUGGAUAUAGCGGCUCAAUCUUCCGUCGAUGUUUUGUUCGCUGCAUUCGAAAAAUUCCUCAAGAUUGCAUGGAGAGAGAAAAUGGGCCCCGUUAUCUCCCAGGGAACUCUUGUUUCGUUACAGUUGAAGUCUGACAGUAUGUAUCCUGGCGAAUUCGAGGACUUUUUCCGGACGACUUUCAAUGAGAUCGCACCCCAAAAUCAGCGAUCUCUGCGCGCAAUCAUCAAGUUGCUGGCAGAAUUACUCGAUGGUACCGGAAAUGAUGGCGAUCGUGGCAUUUUGACAGCUGCUUUUGCUGAGAUGCUUGUCCCUGAGGGAAAUCCAAACGACUUCAUUUCGUUGAUCGAUCGAUUCAUCCAAGAUAUCGAUGCUCUUUUCUCGGUACAUGCUAGCGGCGUGAGCACCCCUAUGUACGGAUCCGUUGAUUCAAAGGGUCGCUCUAUAGCUGGUUCUGUGAACUCGAAUACUUCACUGAGGAAGCGAUUUGGGUUUGGUACUUUAUCUAGAGAGAACAGCAAAUCGGAGCACGAAUCUAAGGUUGGCUCUCUUUGGCGAUCAUUGAGCAAGAAUAGCCACGGUCUAGACAGCACUCCAUCCAGUCUGUCUAGAGCUGGACCCCCUUCACUCGGGCGCUCCAAUUCUACAGACACCAACGUGCGCAUUUCACCAAAACGCCCCUCUUCCCGCGACCGGCCUACAGUAUUGGGCGCAUUCUCCUUUGAAAACAACCAGAGCCCGCAUGCAAGGACAUUCUUAGGUGCAGCACUGGGAACUAUUGGAGAGGUACCAUCCACUACAGGGCCACCCCGCAAGAAGCGACGCUCUUCUCUGAGUGAUUUGAAGACGUUACAAUCUGCUAACGAUGCACCUACUUGGUCUCCACAGACUCCACGCCGACCCGACUCCUCCCACAGGGGUACACGCCAAACUAGCGCCUCACCGCGAACACCCUCGCGAAAUACACCUUCCCCAAUUAAACACUCACAUAUUCCGACACCUACACGCAUGGGAUCCCCAACCCGGAAAGAAAACUCACCUGCUAAUGUGCUUGAUCGUGCGGGUAGCGUGCGGCCUAAAUCGACGCCUGUCAAACCAGACGAGGUCACCAUCAAGACUUACAGCCCUGUCAAGAAGCGAACAGAAUCUGUUUCUGGUAUUCCCAUGCUCAAGCCUACGAGCUCUAGCUCCGGUCUUACUGAGCGGCCAACAUCCGGCAACACUGUCAAGAUCCCGCCAUCGACUCCACGAUCGCCGACGAAAGCUAGUGCGUCGGCGAGCCCACCAAAGAAACUCAAGAUGCAGAGUCCACAGAAGCUUCGUGAGCGUCUCCAAAAUCAACAGCGUGAUAUUCAGACAGCGUCCAAAGACCUUCAGGCUGAGCUCAGUUUGAUAGGACAUGAGCUCACGGCCAGGCCCACGCCACGUCUCACAACGCAAAUAUCUGCUCCACCGUCUACUUCCGCCAUUCCAAACAAAGCUGCCGAAGCGCGUCUUGUGUCUAUUGAGAAGACUCUCAAAUCAACUCUAGAAGCACUUUCAAGCCGCACAGCAUCUAUCGCCAACGAUGUCACCACUUCCCUUCAGGUCUCGGAAGCGAGAGCCAAGCAUCUCGAUCAGCUGUACCGCGACAUGAAUGCUGAGAACGAGGCACUGUAUGCACGAUUCAACGAGGAAUUGGAGAAGGUGGAACGGAGCGUGCGGAAAGGGGGGGGGAACGAGGAAGUCGAUCGUCGAAUGAAGGCCAGCGAAGAGGAAUGUGCUAGGCUGAGGAAGGAAAAUGCGAGGUUAAAGCGCGAGGUUGCCGGUUUGAAGGCGCAGAUUAGGGAGUGAGUAGUGGGUUGGGCCUAACUCUUACUCCCAAUUAUAUCUGCAGCCUUCACUGGUGUAUGUGUCGGUUGCGUCUUGUUAACAACUUGAUAGGCAGUCAGGACAGGGGGCUGGGAUUGGCACCAGGACGAUUCUGUGGUUCGGAUGGAUAUUACAAGGCAUGUUUAUGGCGUUCAUGGUAAUCCCACGGCUCUGGUUGGCGAUCAAGAGUAAUUGGACAGGCGUUAUGGUGGAUGUUUUGAUCCUGGUGCGAUUGCUGGUUUUCUUCCCUCCUUUUAUGGUGCUUGGCUGUCUCUUGCGCGUUUUUGAACGCUAUCAGGAGGGCUGGCGCCCAGAAGUUUGAGGACUCAGUGGUUGUGACCGAAAAGAAAAGUUUGGAGUUGGGGUUACGGUUACAUGUACAAGUACUUGAUUAGCACGAUAUGCAUACAUGCAACAUAGCU